CUGCAGUCCCUUUCAUUGGUUACACUUGGCCAUUGUUAGGAGUUCUGUUAUAGCGAAUCAAGUUUUUGGCGCCGUUGCCGGGGGCUUUCUAGAUUAUUAGGAAAGACAGAAGUUUGUUACCUUAGCAUUUUUCUUUUCCACCCUAGCUGGUGCAGAUCUGAAUCAUGGAUCCUCAUGGCUUAUCCAACCAUUGGGGGUAUCCACCACCAUCCGAGUGGUAUUACCCCGAUACUUCCUGGAGCGAUCAAGGAGGAGAAGACUAUGGAUUCGGGUUCCAGUACCAACCCCCUUACUACGGAGAACAAUCAGAACCAUGGGCAUAUCAACAACAACCUCCUUAUCAAGAAGAAUUUCUCCCACAACCAGAAGGCCCAUCGGAGCUGGAGUUAGCCAUGACGGCCUUCACGGGCCAUUCUGCAGAGCCAUGCUACACUCCACCGCCAGAUCCAAACUAUGAAUUGAAGGAUUUCAUGGCGUAGUUUGCUCGAGACAUUGAGAGAUCAUACUCCAAGAUGGAUCUUUGUACCCAGGCCUAUCGUGAAACAGAGGAGAUCCUCCUGAGCAUUAAGAAGAGCCUCAUGGAUCUUAAGAAAUCUUACGCACAACCUAAUCAAGAUUACCCUUCUGCUACUGACUCACUUCUACUGUCACUCUAGGAAUUAGCCAAGUGAAACCACUUCCUAAAGUGUAGUAUAGCGGGUUUGGGUUUUAAUGUCAACCCGGGUCCUAGAUUUGAUGACUACUUAGUGAAUUCUUGUUAUCUAGCAAUGAAACUUUAAUGCAAGU